AUGAAAUUCCCCUCACUAGAGAAGAAAGAGCAAAUAUGUCAGAACCCAAGAUCUAACACGCAACACAGAUACCCCCAGGGAAAAGUGAUGCGGGAAACUUUAAGGAAAGGGAAGAAUAAGAUACCAAAAGAGGAAGAACACAAGGAGAAACCCACAAGACUAAUACCUGUAAAGAGAAAUACUCUCCCACAAACACGAUUUAACCAAAGAAGAAACAAUUCGGAACAGAAAGCUCCAAGGAAGGCGGAGAAAAGCUCCGAUUUAGGGGUACAGGGCAAACCAGAAGGGAAAGAUAAGGAAAGAAUGAAGAAACCCAUCCCCAAACGCAACCCUCUGCAACCAAAAAACAGUACAGGAUAUACAAAUCUCCACAACAUCCAAAGGAGUAAACAUUACAAGGAGUAA